AUGUCCAAAAAAUAUGCCGAUUACUUUCGUAAAACGCAGCCAGAAAAUUAUAGUUUUCUUGGUUUCUAUAGAUAUCGUUAUCAGCAAUCUGACUUUACCUUUUCAUACCAAAAAGAGUCCCGUAAACUUAGUAGCGAUCUUGAGGAAUUAAUGAGUGAAGAUUCAGAAGUAGUUAAUUCUUAUGCUCACCUGUUGCUGAAAGAUCAUAAGGUCGUGUAUCACAGGUUCUUUCUUGUGCACACAACUACGGUGAAUAUCUGCGCCCAUUCACUUUAUGGUCUGCGUUCCGCUAAUCAACGUGAAAAAUAUCCUGAUGUUCAAAUGUUUUGGAAUAACAUAGAGUCAUCUGUCGCCAAUUCAAGUCUAAAACUAGAUAAGGUAAAGAUGGCUCGAACAGUAAUGAAUGGCACUAAGAGGUUGAUCAAAACCGCCCUCAACGAAAUUGAUAGCACACUGAAAACCAAUGUCUCUAAUAAUGGACUGAAUGGAAGGAAACGAUCAGCCGAAGAAGCUUCCCUUGUUACUACGCCUCCCAACCUUCGCGACCGCUUUCCUCUUCCAUAUAAAAGUGGAGAUUAUUCUUCUGAUGAUUAUAACGAAGAAUCAUCCGAAAGUUAUCCUGAUGUUGCUAAAGAUGUCAAAACAAAGUCCAGAAAGCGUAGAUCAAAGAAAGAUACCAGAAGUAAGAUUUCAACCAAGGGGAAAUCAAGUGACCAGAGCAUUGUUGUUGACGUUGGCCGGUCAACCUGUAUUUCUUCUAUGAAUGUACAACAAGUAUCCGCUAUUGAUGCGAUCAAUGAUGCUGAACAAACUACCUGUGAUGAAUCUGAAUUAGUCAUCGAAGAAAACACUACAGAAAAGACGGAAAAAUCAAAAACGAUACUCUCAUGGAAACACGUUGUUGAUAAAAUAAAAAUUUAUGAUAAAUCGGAUAAUGAUUGGUUAGUCGAUGGAUACAAUAUUUCGAAAGAUUUUCGUGAAUUUCAAAUAGAUACGGUUGAACGAUUAAAGAAUAAGCCGACUCUUUCUUAUGCGACCAAUGUCGAUGAAAUCUUGUGUCUCUCGUUUAUAUUUUAUGUAAAAGAGGAAAUGCCGAAAUAUAUAAAUUGCACUAGUCAAGUUUGGAAUGACGCAUUGCAUAGACAUCUAACUCCCGUAACCUUACCGAUUAGUGUUCAGCUUAUGAUAUUAGAAUAUAGUACACUCUUAAAGGAUAGAAAGGCUUUAAGAGAAAAAUGGUGCCAAAAUUGGGUCGAGUGUGAUGCUUCGAUGACCGAAAAAGAGGUCGAUAUUUUUGAAUGUGUGCAACUUGUAACUAGGAACUUCUUUUUGAAUAUAUCAUCGUUAAACAGCACAGGUAAUAAUGUAAUGGAUGAAGACACUUUCGUUCACAGACACUGCCAUUUAUUGUUGGAAGAAAUCUUUAAUAUGGCGAAUUAUAAACUUUUCUGGGUUAAUGAAGAAUCAAGUAGCUCAAAGGAACGACGAAAAUCUGAUGAAAUUAAACCGCCUUGUGCUGCAAAUAAUGUAAUAAACCAUGCUUUGGUCAAACUUGGAGAAUUCAUGAAAGGCUCACUAGAUUCUCUACAUAAACGAUUUGGGUAUUCUCAAUGUUCGGAAACAUUUGAAAUCUUCAUUAAAG